AUGAUACAAGCGUGAGUGGUUUUAAUUUUAAUUUUUUUAAUUUGUAAGCCUAAGGACUCAUUUUGAGGAUUUGAUUUUAUUUUUAAGCCUAAAAUUUAUCUUUAAGCCAAAAAUUGAGUUUUUAAGCCUAAAACUCAUUUUUACACAUCAAAUUCAUUUUUAAGCCUAUACUUCAUUUUAUAAUCCUAAGAUUUAUUUUAUAAGCCUAAAAUUUAUUUUUAAGUCUAAAAUUCAUUUUUUAAGCCUAAAAUUUAUUUUGUAAGCCUAAAAUGUAUUUUUAAGCCCAAAAUUCAUUCUUAAACCUAAAGUUCAUUUUCAAGCCUAAAUCUUCAUUUUUAAAGCCUAAAAUUUGUUCUUAAGCCUAAAAUUCAUCUUUAAGCCUAAAAUUCAUUUUUUAAGCCUUAAACUCAUUUUAAGCCUAAACUCUUAAUUUUAAGCCUAAAUCUUUAUUUUUUAACGAGAAUACGGUUUUUGGCCUAUAGUUUGUUUUAAAAAUCUAAAUCUUGUAUUAAUCAUAACACCACUUCAGAAAAACAGAACAAAAUGAGUUCCGGUACCCAGUCAAGCGCAAUUCACGGACUAGUCGAUUUGAUGAACCUGCGGCUUGUCACGAAAACAUUUUCUAUAAUAGGGAAGGUUUUUCGUUUGCUUUUUUCAUCUACGACCUCUAUAUCAUAUCACCUGUAACAGGCGUCAAAUCUCAAACUCUUUGUGCUGGAACUAAAACAAUUCAUCCUGACCAGUACAUUGACAGUCUGAAUGAUAAUGAAAUGAACAAAACGUAUGUCAAAGAGCAGAUUUCGGAUUGCAUGGUAAGCUUUUUGGAGAUACCCAUACCCACACCCAUACCCAUACCCAUACCCAUAACCAUACUUAUACCCAUACCCAUCCCAUACUCAUACACAUACCUAUAUACAGUAUAUAUCAAUUUGUAGACAGAAAAACGAUCCUGUGUGUUUGAUAUACUGACGAAGAAGGUGCUACGUGAUGGUUAUACGAAUUCGACUUACGCGUAUGAUGGACUGAUUGUGCACACCGAUUGUUACUAUGGUCGUUGUAUUUAUAUGAUUAAGGACACACAUACUGAGUGAGUUAUAGUAGCUUUUAGUUUUUUUUUGAGGUUUUGUUUUGUAAAGAAAGUUAUUGCCAUUUUUUGUUUUGUAAUUAGAGUUUUUGCUAUUUUCUGUUCUGUAAAGAAAGUUCUUGCUAUUUUAUGUUGUGUAAAUAAAGUUCUAGUCAUUUUUUGUUUUGUAAAGAAAGUUCUUGCCAUUUUAUGUUUUGGAAAGAAAGUUUUUGCUAUUUUUUGUUUUGUAAAGAAAGUUCUCGCUAUUUUAGGACCUCAUGGUACAUACCGGACACUAUUGAUUUUUUCCGUAAAAAAAUAAAAAUCGACGAGAUUCAUCUAUUGGUACCAUUAAUUAGCAAAGACGAUAAGUUCUUCACAAGUCCAGUUCGAUACAAAUAUGGUGCUUCUACUGUAACUACUCCAACAACAUCGACGACCUCUACUACAACUACUACAACCACGACUACUACUAACUUUGAUACGGACAGUACUGAUAUUACUACUGACUAUAGUACCGAUACUACUGACAGUACUACUGAUUGGGACGACAGUACUAUUGUUAUAGACAGUACUAUUAGUCAUGACAAUAUUACUACAGCUACUAAUGAUAGUACGCCUGAUACUGAGCAUAGUACAAUUACUAAUGAAACUGGUACUACUACUACUGAAGAGUACUAUACAUUUGCAGAAAGUACGACUAGGAUACGCAAGUACAAAGGUACUACGAACGAGAUGGGAGUCUUCUUUUUUAAUGGUACUGGACAAGUUGGCUUUAGUACUCUACUAUCUGUGAUAUGUGUGGCUAUAUCGUAUUUGUAA